AAUAAUCCCACGGCGCUGCGGCACCUCUCCCCGGCUGCCCCUCGGCAGUGCUGCCCCACACAGCAGGGCGGAGCCGCCGGGCAGCAACCAUGGCCCUCACGCCCGCGGAGAUCGCCGCCAUGGAGCGCAUGGAGACGAGCCGCUGCCCCCGCUCGUCCAUCAAGUCCCACGACCCGGCCAUCGAGGCCCGGCGCCAGGAAACUUUACGAAGGGUCCGCGACCACUACAGGGUCCCGGGCCAGAAGAAGCGGCGCCCGCGCCCGAAGAAGGAGCGCGCGCCGCCGCCCCUCGACGUCGACUACGGCUUUUUGGUGAACGGCGAGCAGGCGGCGAACCUCGGCCGCGAGCUGCGGUGCGGGCGCUGCUUCCAGGUGAUCGCGGCGGCCGAGCUGCUCUGCCCCGUCUGCUCCGGCGUCGUCGCCGACCCGGCGCCGACGGCCUACCCGUCGCUCGACGCCUGCGGCCUCACGGAGCUCCAGAUCCGCAAGAAGCGGGCCGACGACAGGAACCGGAACACUUUCGACGGGAACCGCGCCGUCGGCGCCGCGGAGGCGCUGCGGCAGUUCCGCGACACGAAGAAGACCGCGGAGGUCGGCAAAGUGGCGAUGCGCGACCGGCGGGCCCUCGCGGCGCGGCGGGACCUCGCCGUGCGCGUGCUGUUCACCGACGGCUCGGUCGUUGCUGGCCUGGCGGACGCCGUCGAGGACUCGAAGGUGCGGGCGCCGCGCUCCGCGGGGAGCGACAGCGUGGUGACGGACGACAGCCGCGCGGUCCGGGCCGCGAUGGGCCGCCUCUACGACCCCGAGCUGCAAGCCAGUGGGAAGGACUUUUACGACGUCCUGGAGAAGGUCGGCGUCCGGCCGCUCUACGGGCGUUACCUGCGGGAGGGGCCGCGCCGCGGCGACGGCGCCUACGCGGCCUCGAACACGAUCCGGGCGCUCGAGUUCUUCCGGAACACGCUGCCGCGGCACCAGCGCGAGCUGAAGCUGAGGCGCCAGUUCUCGGCGCGGUCCAGCGACGCCGUGGAAGCCGUCGACUUCUGUGUGGAAAUCAAAUUUCGGACGCCCCACGCCAUCGACGCGACAGAGGUCUCUCGCAAUAACUCCCAGGAUAACCUGACUCACUGGUUGAUUUCCACACAGGUCGACCUGCAGCCGCUGUCGCGCGAGGCCGCGCCGAAGAUGCUGCGCAUGCUCGAGCUCGGCAUGCGUAAGGCCGGCGCCGGCGCCGCGGGGCUCGCGGACUCGCCCCUCGCGCGCGGCCCCGACGACCGGGAGACGCGCUUCGGGACGCGGAGCGAGUGGGCGGAUUUUGCCGAGUUCGCAAAAGAACGCAAGGGCAAGGACCACGCGUACGAGCGCGCCAAGGCCGAGAAGGCCAUGGCCGAGGGCGGCGACGGCUGGCGCCCGGGCGCCCACGACGAGGCCUUGGAUUCGCUGCUGGACCGCUUCGACGAUGAUGACGACCCGAUCGUGAUGCGGGAGCUGGCGCCGACGCCCGAGGUGACCUUCGACGUCGCGGACAUGCCCGAGGCGCCGCCAGACGGCCGCCCACUUCUCUUUGGGCCGCCGCCGGGCGGGCGGCCGCUCGUGGGGGGGCGGCCGGGCACGUCCGCCGCGCCACCGCGGGCCGAGACCGCCGACGCGCGCGUGGCGCAGUACUCCCCGACGCCCUCGCCCUUAAGACCGGGGACGACGGCGUCGCAGCGGCGAGCGCAAACGAGCUCUCCGACCUGGUACGGCGACGCGCGAGAAGGCGAGGCCAAGCGUAUGAUACGCAUCAAGGCGAAGACGCGUGGCGGCUCGCGGCGCCGCGCAGCCCGCGUUUCGAAGGUACGCGCACAUAUGCGCACCAACACCUUUUCGAAUCGCGUCUCACGCCAGUCGAAAAAGGGGGCGGGCGGUCAGUUCUUUAAGUGAGUGUUGUUGAAUCCA